AUGACGGGAGGAAGGGACGAAAAGAUGUGUGCGUGGGGCUUCAAGUUUAAGCACUAUCUCACCGCAAGUUCCACAGAUUCAAUUCCAAAUCCAGAUCUGCAGUAUAACAACUGUGAAGCCUUCUAUACAGUUGUGAAAGUCAAGGCCGGCGCCAAUACAAUAAUAUGCUGUGGCGAGGUCGAUGCUGUAGCUGUAAAUCUUGUGGAGGAACAUUAUGUAGAAGCUCCUGAAGUUGAAGAUACAGAGUGUUCUUAUGAGCCUGUCUCGGACAUUCCUGAUCCAUGGAAGCCCAAUGUUUGCUUCAACUUCAUGGACCAUCUCCUUGCCUUCAUCAAGUCUUAUGUGAAGAAAGAUGAUUCAAGGCUCGUUCACCUCCUGGAGUUUUCAGGCGAGGAUGUGACUUGUACCCGGCUUCCACUUGACUCCGAAUACGCUUUCCUGCAUAGCUGGUAUACUCAGUAG